AUGAUCUCCGCCGUGUCCAGCCCGUGGCUCACGCAGCUCUCGCACUUCUGCGACGUUGCAGCCUUCACGGCCAGCAGCCUGAGCAGUCUGGGGGCCGCGGGGGGUUUGCCGGGCGCCGACCCGUACGGCCCGCGCGAGCCGCCGCCGCGCUACGACCCGUGCGCCGCCGCCGCCGCCGCCGCCACCGCCCCCGGCGCCCAGGGCCCGCCGCCGCCGCCGCCGCCGCGCGCCUACCCUUUCGCGCCGGCCACUGGGGCCGCCAGUAACGCCGCCGCCGCCGCCGCCGCCGCCGCCGAGCCCGAGGGCCCCGGGGCUAGUUGCGCGGCGGCCGCCAAGGCACCGGUGAAGAAGAACGCGAAGGUGGCCAGCGUGAGCGUGCAGCUGGAGAUGAAGGCGCUAUGGGACGAGUUCAACCAGCUGGGCACGGAGAUGAUCGUUACCAAGGCCGGCAGGCGCAUGUUCCCCACUUUCCAAGUGAAACUCUUCGGCAUGGAUCCCAUGGCGGAGUACAUGUUGCUCAUGGAUUUUGUGCCGGUGGACGACAAGCGUUACCGGUACGCCUUCCACAGCUCCUCCUGGCUGGUGGCGGGCAAGGCAGAUCCUGCCACACCGGGCCGCGUGCAUUACCACCCGGACUCGCCGGCCAAGGGCGCACAGUGGAUGAAGCAGAUCGUGUCCUUCGACAAGCUCAAGCUGACCAACAACCUGCUGGACGAUAACGGCCACAUCAUUCUAAACUCCAUGCACAGAUACCAGCCCCGUUUCCAUGUGGUCUACGUGGACCCGCGCAAAGACAGUGAGAAGUACGCCGAGGAGAACUUCAAAACCUUCGUGUUCGAGGAAACUCGCUUCACAGCCGUCACCGCCUACCAGAACCACCGGAUCACGCAACUCAAGAUCGCCAGCAACCCCUUCGCCAAAGGUUUCCGCGACUGUGAUCCCGAGGACUGGCCCCGGAACCACCGGCCCGGCGCGCUGCCGCUCAUGAGCGCCUUCGCGCGCUCGCGGAACCCGGUGGCCUCCCCGACGCAGCCCAAUGGCGCCGAGAAAGACGCGGCCGAGGCCCGGCGAGAGUUCGAGCGCGACGCGGGCGGGCCGGCCGUGCUGGCGGAUCCCGCGCACCCGCCGCAGCUGCUGGCGCGGGUGCUGAGCCCCGCGCUGCCCGGGGCCGGCGGCGCCGGCGGACUCGUGCCGCUGCCCGGCGCUCCCGGAGGCCGGCCCAGCCCCCCGCACCCGGAGCUGCGCCUGGAGGCGCCCGGCGCGUCGGAGCCGCUGCACCACCACCCCUACAAGUAUCCGGCAGCCGCCUACGACCACUAUCUCGGGGCCAAGAGCCGGCCGGCGCCCUAUCCGCUCCCGGGUCUGCGCGGCCACGGCUACCACCCGCACGCGCACGCACACCCGCACGCGCACCAUCACCCGGCCGUGAGCCCGGCCGCCGCCGCCGCAGCAGCCGCCGCCGCCGCCGCCGCAGCCAACAUGUACUCGUCCGCGGGUCCCGCACCGCCCGGCCCCUACGACUACUGCCCCAGAUAA